UAAGUGCCAAAUGGGAGCAUCGAAUUCUUAACCUGACCGGGCCCUUGAUUAAACACCUCUUUCUCUCUCUCCUUUUCCAGAAUCGUCUCUUCCGAUUUAUGAACUGAUUUUUUAAUUUUAUUUUUAUCAUUUUGAUUCAUGGUUUAGUUAGUUUUAUCUAUUAAGAGAAGAAAUCUCUGUUUGGGGGAGUGUUUGGUGUGACGUGCAUCCUAAUUUUCCUGGCAAGAAAGUUAGGAAGGAAAAGAAAAGAAAAUAAAAGAAAGACUAGUUGGAGAAAAAAGAAUAGUUCUUGCUUUAUUUGGGUUUUCAAGUAAUCCAAACACUUGCUCCUUCGGCUACCCGAUCCAUAGUUUCUGGUUUUUCUCCAACUCUCUUCUUCUUCUUCUUCUUCUUGGAGCCGGAUUAUGAGAUUGGUUGGCUACAAGGGUUUAGCUUAACACAACUCGAGAGUAGUAUUUAACUUUUUAAUCGAGAUAUAAAUGGCUACACUCGGAGAUAUAGGAGUAGCGGCGGGUUUCAAUCUGCUGGGAGCAUUCGUAUUCCUUCUAGCGUUUGCCAUAUUGAGGCUUCAACCAUUCAAUGACAGAGUCUACUUUCCAAAAUGGUAUCUUAAGGGGUUGAGAAGUAGCCCAUCGCACUCUGGUACUCUUGUUGGGAGGGUUGUCAAUUUGGACUUCAGAUCAUAUUUGAGAUUUUUAAAUUGGAUGCCUGAUGCAUUGAAAAUGCCGGAACCUGAGCUUAUUGAUCACGCAGGACUGGACUCCGCUGUUUACUUACGGAUUUACUUGAUAGGACUUAAGAUCUUUAUCCCUAUAGCAUUGCUUGCAUGGGUAAUCUUGGUACCAGUUAAUUGGACAAAUGAUGCUUUGAAGGUACUCGAUCUGACCAAAAAUGCAACUUCCAGUGACAUUGAUAAGCUUUCGAUUUCAAACGUUAAGGAAGGAUCACCCAGAUUGUGGACUCAUAUAGUUAUGGCUUAUGCCUUCACCUUUUGGACGUGCUAUGUGUUGCUAAAGGAGUAUGCGAUAGUUGCCUCCAUGCGGUUGCAAUUUCUUGCAACAGAAAAGCGUCGCCCAGAUCAAUUCACUGUGCUUGCUAGAAAUAUUCCACCUGAUGUUGAUGAAUCUGUUAGCGAGAAUGUGGAGCAUUUCUUUCUGGUCAAUCAUCCAGAUCACUAUCUGACUCAUCAGGUGGUAUAUAAUGCAAACAAACUUGCGAAAUUGGUCAAGAAGAAGAAAAAAAUGUUGAAUUGGCUUGUCUACUACACCAAUAAGUUUUCAAGAAAUGAUUCUAUUAAGCCCACGAUUAAGACUGGUUUUCUUGGGCUUUGGGGAAAAAGAGCGGACGCAAUUGAAUAUUACACAUCUGAAAUUGAUAAAGUGAAGAAAGAAAUAGCAGAGGAAAGGGAAAGAGUGACAGCUGAUCCUAAAUCCAUAAUGCCAGCAGCAUUUGUUUCUUUCAAAAAUCGAUGGGGAGCAGCUGUUUGUGCCCAAACUCAGCAAACUAGAAAUCCAACUGUUUGGUUAACUGAAUGGGCUCCUGAGCCACGUGAUGUGUACUGGCAAAACCUGGCAAUCCCAUAUGUGUCGCUCAAAAUUCGGAGGCUAAUUAUGGCUGUUUCCUUCUUUUUCCUCACCUUCUUUUUCAUGAUUCCCAUUUUAGCCGUACAGGCUUUUGCAAGUAUAGAGGGAAUUGAGAAAAGAGCACCAUUUCUAAAGCCCAUCAUUGAAAUCGAAUUCAUCAAGUCAGUUAUCCAAGGACUUCUACCUGGGAUUGUCUUGAAGUUAUUUCUCAUCUUCUUGCCAACAAUAUUGAUGAUCAUGGCAAAAUUUGAAGGCUUUGUAUCUUUAUCGUCUCUUGAAAGGAGUGCAGCAUCUAAGUAUUAUAUCUUCAAUGUCGUGAAUGUAUUUCUUGGAAGCAUAUUUACUGGGGCAGCGUUUGACCAGCUAGAUAUGUUUCUCAAGCAAUCUCCAAGCCAGAUCCCUGAAACAAUUGGACUUGCAAUCCCACUAAAAGCAACUUUCUUCAUUAGUUAUAUAAUGGUGGAUGGAUGGACCGGUAUAGCUGGAGAGAUUCUAAUGCUGAAGCCACUGAUAUUUUAUCACUUGAAGAAUUUCUUCUUGGUAAAGACUGAAAAGGACAGGGAAGAGGCAAUGGAUGCAGGAAGUCUUGGUUUCAACACUGGAGAACCUCGAAUACAAUUGUAUUUCAUACUAGGCCUUGUCUAUGCUUCGGUGACGCCAGUUCUGAUUCCAUUCAUAAUUGUUUUCUUCGGCUUUGCUUAUCUUGUGUUCCGUCACCAGAUCAUUAACGUUUACAACCAGGAGUAUGAGAGUGGUGCAGCCUUCUGGCCAGAUGUCCAUUUUCGCAUUAUAAUGGCACUGAUUAUUUCACAAGUGUCUCUAAUGGGUUUGUUGACCACAAAAGGCUCUGCUGAGGCAACCCCAGUUAUCAUCGUACUUCCUAUACUCACUAUAUGGUUCCACAGGUUUUGCAAAGGUCGUUAUGAAUCUGCAUUUGUUAAAUAUCCAUUACAGGAAGCAAUGAUGAAAGACACACUUGAACGCGCAAGAGAACCACACCUGAACUUGAAAGGUUACCUCCAAAAUGCAUAUGUUCAUCCAGUUUUCAAAGCUAGCGAGGAUGACGAUGAGGAAGAUGAUGUGGUGUCUGAGAAAUGGGAAACCGAGAGUACCAUAGUACCAACGAAGCGACAGUCACGAAGGAAUACACCAUUGCCCAGCAAAAUCAGUAGCAAUUCCUCGCCUACUCUGCCCGGUGGUUUUGAAGAUCAACCAUAGCAAGUUUAUGGGAAAGGACUCACUUAGCUGUACAUUUGACCUUUAGCAAUGGAGGAGCUAUGGCACUGUAAAAUAUCAAGUUAUAUAAGAUGUCCAUGAUAUUGUAUAAUGUAUAGAGGUAUAGAAAGUCACGGUCGAAGAAGCAGGUUUCAUGAUUUUGUGGCAGCCAAUUGGGCGAGGGAACUAGCCAUAUCGGUGUUGAUUAAUUAGAGACUCAAGUUGUAGUUUUCAUUUUCAUUCUUUCUUUUUUCUUAAAAUUUUAGUUUCAGUUUUCAGUUUUUUUUUCCGUUCCGAUUUAUUUGUGUAUCUAUGUGAAUCCAAACUGCACAGUUCUUUUCAUUGCUCGACUCUUUAGUGCAAAUUCUCUUGCUCUUA